CCGAAGAAACGAUGUGAGAGGGGCCGGGGACGGCGGCCCCAGGACCGGCCCUGCAGGACCCAGCCCCCGCCGGGCCUCCUCGCCGACCUCUGACCCCGCAGGCCGUCCCGCCCGCCCCGCCCCGCCCGGGCUCGGGGGGUCCCCCGGGGGGCAGCGAGCCUCAGCAUGUCGGGCCAGUCCAUCACCGACCGCAUCACCGCCGCCCAGCACAGCGUCACCGGCUCGGCCGUGGCCAAAGCCGUCUGCAAGGCCACCACACACGAAGUCAUGGGCCCCAAGAAGAAGCACCUCGACUACCUAAUACAGUGCACAAAUGAAAUGAAUAUGAAUAUUCCACAGCUGGCAGAUACCCUCUUUGAGAGGACCGCCAAUAGUAGUUGGGUCGUAGUAUUCAAGGCUCUAAUUACAACGCACCACCUCAUGAUGUAUGGAAAUGAGCGAUUUAUCCAGUAUCUUGCUUCCCGAAAUACUUUGUUCAAUUUAAACAACUACCUGGAUAAAAGUGCCAUGCAGGGUUAUGAUAUGUCUACCUUCAUCAGGCGAUACAGCAGAUACUUGAAUGAAAAAGCACUUUCAUAUAGGCUGGUAGCAGUUGACUUUACCAAAAUGAAAAGAGGGAUAGAUGGAGUGAUGAGAACUAUGAAUACGGAAAAACUGCUGAAAACACUUCCAAUUAUACAGAACCAGCUCGAUGCUCUUCUCGAUUUUGAUGCAAAUCCAAAUGAACUGACCAACGGGGUAAUAAAUGCAGCCUUCAUGCUUCUCUUUAAGGAUUCCAUCAGGCUUUUUGCAGCUUAUAACGAGGGGAUUAUUAACCUGUUAGAAAAGUACUUUGAUAUGAAGAAGAACCAGUGCAGGGAAGGAUUGGAUAUUUAUAAAAAGUUCCUAGCAAGAAUGACUAAAUUGUCCGAAUUCCUGAAAGUUGCAGAGCAAGUUGGAAUUGAUCAGGGUGACAUUCCAGAUCUAACUCAGGCACCGAGCAGCCUGCUUGAAGCAUUGGAACAGCAUCUGGCCUCUCUGGAAGGGAAGAAAACAAAGGAAGUGUCAGCUGCUAGCAGGGCUAGUACCUUAUCCAGCGCUGUGUCCACCCUUGCCAACACAGGAAUGUCUUUUAGCCGAAUGGACGAGAAGGAGAAACAACAAGCAUUAGAAGAAGAACAGGCUAGGCUGCAAGCACUUAAGGAGCAGCGAUUAAGAGAGAUUUCGGUGGUCUCGAAUUCUGCCUCCACAACCGAAUCUCCAAGCGCUUUAUCGGGAAAAAGCGUGAAUGUCACUGCAGCCCCGGCACCCACAACCAAUAGUAUGCCCAAUCUCUCUAGUGAUCUCUUUGACCUUCAGCCUGCAUUCGUUCCAACUGUCCAGAGCACUCCGGCUAUAGCCUCCUCUUUGGGCAGUGCCUGGGGAACAGGUCCUUUCUCAUCAUCCAAUGGAUGUGUUGGUUCUCCUCCACAUCUGGACAUCUUCGACAUGGAGCCGGUCGAAGAAGCCGUAAAAUCCACCUCCCCUCUCGUCACUUCUACCUUUUCCUCCAAACAAACGGUGGAACUGUUUAGUGAUGACUUUAGUGCUCCUACGGCUGUCUACGCUUCCGUGUACCCCACCGUGACAUCUGACGGAUUCCCCCUCCGGUCAACCCCGCAGAAUCCUACUGCUUCAGCCAUUAACGUGGAUUUCGAUGCCGUGUUUGGAGCCAAGUCAGUCGCGCCGGAAUACGGGACCACGAGCGAUGAUGUGCUCCAACCCACAGGAGCCGCACGAGGCCAGCGAGCCGCUGUCCAGCCGGGUGGGAAAAUUUUAGCCAAUGACCUGGAUUCUUCUCUGGCUAACCUGGUGGGAAAUCUUGGAUUUGGAGGAACCCCAUCGAAAAAGUCGGAUAUGCAGUGGAGUCAGCCUUCGGAGAAGAAACUAACCGGGGGAACAAACUGGCAGGCGAAGACGAGCACGUCCACCACCACUUGGACCCCCGCCCCCAUCCCUCCCGCUCCUCAUAUGGUGCCUGCCCCGGCGACUUACCCGAUGACUACGCCCCAAGUGCCUGUGUAUGGAAUGGUGCCGCCUCAGCUCGGAGCCACGCCGCUGAUGGCUCCGCAGCCCGUGAUUUACACGCAGCCGGGCCUGAGGCCCACCAACCCCUUCGCUCCCGUCUCCGGAACUCAGAUGCAGUUCAUGUAGCACCUUCCGAGCAACAAGACAUGGGAACCACCAGACAUCGGUUCCCGAGGAGACCUCUCCAGCCCCCCAGGCCGGAAGGGUUCCAACUCGGCCUCGCUCUGUCGUGCUAUAAAAUCCCUUUCAAUCGCAGCUCUCUAGAGAGUCUUGUUUCUAACAGUCACCGCGGGACGGGACCGCGCUCGCCGGUCUCCGCCGGGUCACGUCACCAACCCCGAACCUCUUGGGUCGAAAAGGUAAUCGCAGUUGAAGGAAAGAGAAGGCCCCAUGGGCGGAAGGACCUCUGAGUUUGGAGCGGGGUCGUGGCAGCAGAAAGGACCCCGGGGCCGAGUGUCUGUCGUCGGCCCACCCAUCUCCCUCGCCCCGGCGAACCACGGCCGAAGCCGGCACCCGGCGGAAUGCGGGCGUUGAAGUUUCCGCGGGCUGGGCCCACGCGGGUGCCAACCUCUGAUCGUAUCUCUGGCAGGCCGACUACAGCGACCUCAGCCACCUCCUUUCCCUUUUCCGAUUGCUCCAUGUAAUGCACAAAUGUUGUACUGUGAGUUUGAAAUGCUGUGAAUCGAGCCCCCCUCCGCGCGCCGAUCGGCCCCUUGGCCCGGCGACCCUACGUGCCGCCCGGUGGAGUGGGAGUUCCUGGCUCACCCUCGAACUCACGACCCAUGUCAGGGCUGAGAAAGUCUGUCAGGUUCCCGAGCAAGGGGCACCCCUCGGAGCCAAGGGGCGGCAUAAGCCGCCCUCCUUUCCCGCUCCCCCCCCGUCUCCAGCCGCCAGCAUCGCCUGGGGUUAGCGGCCCCAGGGGCGGCGGGGAGCAGGAGGGGGGUCGGGGGACCCAGUGGAGGUCUCAUCUACGGCCGUCAGGAGUGGUGCCCGCGAUCCCGGCUGGGCCGGUGGUCAAAGUUCAGGAGGGCCCCGUGUUGGAGACCAGAUCACUAGAUUCCCAGAGAUGGCGAGCCUUAGAGUAUAUAUAGAUAUCCUAUAUAUAUAUACAAAUAUAUAUACCUCUCUAUAUAUACAGCUUAUGGCCACUUGUUCAGAGACGCCCCGGGAAUGACAAAAUUGACUUUUUUUUUAAGCUUGUAAAUAUAUGUAAACUUUUCUGCACAUCAUUUCUGUAACGCUACAAGACGCUGUCUUCUUUUCUAGGAUUUUCAAACUGGACUAUUACUGAAGAAAUUCCGUUAAAUUUCUUUCGUAACAAAAUGAUCUUUCCCAAAAACCUAAUUACCUUACCUCUAAAAAGAACAGGGGGCAGUGGAGCCAGGCGUACUGCCCAGAAGGCUUUCUGCAGGAGGUAACCUUUCCUCCACCUAUUUAUGAGACAUGGGAAAGCUUGGACGCUGUGAGCCGUCAAAAAACGACCCACUUUUUUUCUUUUUUCCAUAAAGACGUCGGAGACUGAAAGUCGUGACUACGUAAAAGUCUUGUCGUCUCUGGCCUUUAUAUCUCCGGUGCGGGAUUCACUUCCCAAAUUUUAGAGGCCGGAUAUAGGAGAUGGGGGGGAGAGGGGAUGGGAAGCAUCCCUGAGGGCCCAGAAGGCUCUCAUUCUGCCAACCAAGUUCAGCCAUCGCCAGGAUGCAUUUUUUGCUUUUCAACAGCCACCUGUAUAAAUGAAUGACUCUUAUCUGGGGGCGCAUCACUGGCCAUGAGGUCAUUAGAUUUAGGAUGCUGAGAUCGCGUUCUAUUUGAUGAGUUACCCAUCCGGCCCCGCCCUCUGGUAAACCUCUGAAAUACAGCACUUAGUGAAUUUUGUGUAUCUGUUAUUUGACCUAGCAAGUAUGCUGUUGAUUUUGUGCCAAGAAUGCAAGGGAAACGUUCUUUUAUUCCCCUUUCAGCAAAAUAUUUCAUUAAAAAAUGAGUGCGUGAA